ACGCUCAAUUCGUCUUCCGGUCCUUUGUCGACGAAGAAGAAACUUCCUCAAUGGACUCACAUCAUGUUUGACCAAAACAAACGCCGCUCAACACUCACACAUGUGAGGGACAACCUUUAGGAUUAUAGUGUUUCGUGUGAUCGUCUUGCUAUCGUCUAUCGAAAUGCAGUUUCAGUGACGGUCGUAAACCUUCACGAAGCUGGACUGCUAACUUACCUAGCUACCUACCUAGCUAGCUAGCUAGCUAGGCGACUAUAAAACUUCAUAUGAUGCUGUUUACUCAGAGCUGUGUUCAGCGGCUGACAGCGGUCAGAAACACACGGGUUAAACUGCAGCUGACAGCCGCCGUUAUAAGAUGUUGCUCCACGGUUCAGGGUGAAGUGAGGGUCAGGUUUGCACCCAGUCCCACAGGUUUCUUGCACCUUGGAGGCCUCCGAACUGCUCUCUACAAUUACAUCUUUGCCAAGAAGUAUGGAGGCUCGUUCAUCUUGCGACUGGAGGACACUGAUCAGAGCAGGCUGGUACCAGGAGCUGCAGAGUCCAUAGAGGACAUGCUGGAGUGGGCUGGUGUACCUCCAGAUGAGAGUCCUCGUCGAGGUGGGUCAGUGGGGCCGUACCUGCAGUCUCAGAGACUAGACCUCUACAGUCAGACAGCCCAGCAUCUUGUCGAGAGUGAUCACGCCUACUACUGUUUCUGCAGCGCUCAGAGACUUGACCUGCUCAAAAAAGAGGCCUUAAGGACGGGACAGACACCUAGGUAUGAUAACAGGUGUCGUCAUCUUCGGGCCAAUCAGGUCCAGGAGAAACUGGCUCAGGGAGUGCCACAUGUGAUCAGGUUUCGUCUGGAUGCAGGUGUCGAGCCUUUUCAGGAUCUGAUCUUUGGAUGGAAUCAUCAUGAGGUGGCCCAGGUGGAGGGAGACCCUGUAGUGAUAAAAGCAGAUGGUUUUCCCACGUAUCACCUUGCUAACAUAGUAGAUGAUCAUUACAUGAGGAUCAGUCAUGUGCUGCGGGGGUCUGAGUGGCUCAUCUCCACCUCCAAACAUCUCCUCAUGUACCGUGCUCUUGGAUGGCAGCCGCCCACGUUUGGACAUCUGCCGCUUCUGAUGAACAAAGAUGGCAGUAAACUGUCCAAAAGGCAGGGGGAUAUAUUCAUUCAAAGCUUCCAGAGAGACGGAGUCCUGCCAGAGGCUCUGCUGGACAUCACAACCAACUGUGGAUCUGGAUUCAACACCAAUCAAAUGGGGCGGAGGAUAGAUGAACUAAUCUCUGAGUUUAAUCCCUCAAAGAUCACAACACAUUCUGCUCUGUUAGACCUGGAAAAACUACCAGAGUUCAACAGAAUUCACCUGCAACACCGUAUUGAAGAUGAGGAGCAGUGUCAUUUGCUGAUAAAAGAUCUGCAGGAACAGAUCCAGCAGAUCUAUACAGCAGAGAUCCAGGAUAAAGAAGUACUGCAUGAGGAUUAUAUCAGGCGGGUGCUACAUCUUCGUAAGGGUCACAUAUCCUCCAUUAAGGAGCUUUUAAGUCCUGCUUACGCUUACCUGUGGGUGCGUCCUUCCUUCUCCAGCCAGCAGGUGGCAGCACUCUCUGCAGAAGCCCAGCACAUUGCUUCAUUAGUGCUGAGAUUAAUAGCUGAGCGAGGUGAGGAGCUGGCAGUGGACCGACUCAGUAAAGAUCUGAAGACUCUGGCUAAGCAGACUAAAGCCACCAAAUACAGAGAAGUGAUGAAGCUGUUGCGUCUGGCUCUCAGUGGUCUGCAGCAGGGGCCCAGUGUAGCUGAGAUGAUGGUGUCUUUGGGGCCUGCAGAGAUCAGGCAUCGAUUCCAGAAACUUGUGCUGCUUUCAGAGACUAGUUAAAGGCUGGACAGCCUGUCACCUCACAGACUGAUGGGAACCUGAUGAAGACAAGAGGCUGCUGUCAAAGACGCGGCCUGUAUGUUGAGAGUUCCAUGCAACCACCUGGUGACUCUGCCAAAGCGAACUGGGACACAUUUAAAAUGAACUGCACCACACUGAUAAAAGUUAAAUAAUACUUGAAUUAUUACAAAUAUUUUAUAAAAGAGUUAAAAAAAACAA